AGUCAAAGCAAAACGUUAAGUGUGGGUCUGACAGGCCCGCGUUGCGCACGCGUGUUGCGUGCAGUUUGUUUAUUCCGUGGUCCCAUCAUUUGACAAUUUGUUCUUGAGGGUGCAACUACUGUUUGUGAUAUACAGCAUACGUCGGCUUCAAACGAGCCGGCUUGGAUUGCGAAUAUUCAUUUGUCGCUAAGAAUCAAUAGUGGAGUGCGAUGGGAUGCAAGGGUCUACAGCAUGGCUUCUGCGCGCCCUCCUAUUCGCUGCGUUGGCGGUGGCGGGCGCUGACGUCAUCUUUCGAGUUCCAACUGUCGUGGUACACCCCAUAUCAGUGCAGAAGCGUGUGGGUAUAGAGUCCGGCAAUGACAGUAAGGCAAACGACACCGAAGCGUGGGCGGAAAGCGAAGUGGAAGUGACUUAUGAGGAGUACUUCGUAGAACAUGACGUCUCUACAGCUGACGCACGCGCCGCUGCCAUCGCCCUACGGCUGGAAGAUAUCCCUGCUAGUCCAGAAGGCUGCGGACCGUGCAGUCGGCGUGAGGUGGAGUAUUGCGAGACGCGAGUUGUAGCGGACCAUUGCUGCUGCGAGCGACGUUACCUGCCUGAACCCUUUCCUUGGCUGCCACACACAUGCUACAUGGGCCCACACCGCUGUCGCCCUCUGGCGCACGAUUGCGUUCGUUACGUACGUUUGCGGGACUGCUGCUGCUACCGUCACUUGGCCCAGCGGUGGAAGGCUAUCUUGUCACGUUCCAGCCGGGUCGCGGUGGGUGGCGUAUCGCUCUUAUUGCUCUCUAUGUUAUUGUUUGUGGCGUACUUGUGACCCGCGCCCACGCACCCGCCGCCGCUGCCGCCCGCGCAUGUCUGAUCAGCUCCAAUUUUAUGCCCUUAAUUUACACACAUAAGAAGGGAUUCUAGCGAAAUCCAAUUCACGACACAGGAAUUAACGCAUUUCUCUCAAACAGACGAUAUAUAUAUCAUGUGAAUUUAUCAACAUUAUUGAUUAUUGCAUAUUGAAUAAUAUUCAUCACGCAUUUUUAAUGUACAAAUAUUAAAUAAACAUUAUUUGAAAUACCUGCACGUAAAUAUUUAAUAUCAGAACAUCCUAAUGGUUACAUGUGCACCCUUUUAAAAAUAUAAGUAGGUGUUAUCGGCGCGUAAAUGAUUGUGGCGAGGUGGGGGACUAGCUCACGAAACAACAGAAAAAGACCCAAAAAUGAAUUACGCGUCGAAACUAUACAUUAAGAAUUUACAGAAUUAAGAUUUUUUUUUACUUUAUAAUUAGUACAUAUAGAACGAUUGUGAUUCUGCUUUGUGACAGACGUACAAAUACAUGAUAUUUUUGUAAUGCUAUGAAAUAGCGACACGUUAAUUAUAUAUUGGUUAAUUUAUUUAUCCACUACAUUAUUGCUGCGUUUAUUUUUUAUUUGACAAUUGAAACUUUAGUUUUAAGAUUGGUUAAAUUUUGUAUUGUUACGAAACCCAAAGGUAGUUUUAAGUGAUUUACUGUAAAUAAUUUAAAGAGUUAUUUUAGUAGAAGUCUUCUAAUACCAAAUCAGUAUUGUAUGAUGUAGUGUAGCUUGCACAAUUCAUAGAACAUGUAUCAGCAAAUUAAAUUUAGAUGAUUUUA